UUUGGAUUUUAAAAAGUAAAAAUUUUUCGUUCUGAAUUAAUGCAAAUUAAAAGUUAAACCCAAAACAAUAGUUUUCAACUUAAAAUUGUGACUAAUCUAUAUUAAAGCGUAGACUUUGUAGCAUAAGAUUAUACAAGUAGAAUAUUUUAGCUUUAAACUACAAACAAAAUAUUAACUAUUAAAUAAUUGGCCUUGCAAAAUCUAUUUGGAAUUUGGAAAACAUUAAAGUUAUGCAGAAAGUUACUAGAGUAAAAGAACAGUGUGCAAAAGCGGACACUUAUCGAAAAAACUAAAUAUCUUUAGGGGAGGAUGGGUAGGAGUGAGCCAAGGGUAGGAGUGAACCGUUGAUCCUACAGCUAAAACGGGAAAUGAAAAUGACUCAAAAUUUUCACCAAGUAGUUGCAUACAAGUUGUUGUUAACACAAUCCAAUUUUUUUACCCCUUCUUGGUGUGGGUGUCUACGUUAACGUUAUCACUCGCCCUUUUCUGUGCAUAAGUAAAUUUUUUUUAUUUUUUGAAACUUCAUUAAUGAGCAUUCCAGUUGAUUCGAGACAUUAGAUAGUGGUUGAAAAUUUACUUAUAAAAAAUGUAUUUUUUAAACAAAGUAUUUUACAUGCACAAACCACGUACUUAUUGAACAUUUAAUGUUUUAAUUCAGUUGCACAGCUUGGGGAGGAAUGAGCCAUUCCAUCACGGGUAGGAGUGAACCGCGGCUAACUAAUACUUUACGUUAAAAAAGUUUUAACUUCAGCGUAAAAACAUAUUUACGUUUGGCUUUAAUAUCUUAGUAUAUCAUUAGAAAACUCGUGUGCAACAUUACAUUUAUUUUUACCACAUAUUAUAUUGCCUCGAUUCUAUAAAAGAACAACUUCAAAAGCAAAAACCCCAAGUAAAAAUAUGAAGGAUGCAUUACAUUCGAUCCAAAAGAGAAAAUGUAUUAGAGAAACUGCAAUAACUUCCAAAAUACCCUAUCCAACUUUUCGUCGUUAUUAGAAAGUAUUAUUAUUAUGUUAAAAGAAUAUUUACAGACAAGCAGGAAUUAGAAUUAAAGGAAUAUAUUUUGACUUGUUCAAGAAUGUUCUAUGGCCUUCCAAUUAAAAAAUGUCGGUGUAUAGCUUUUGAGAUGGCAACCAUUAAUAAAAUUAGUAUUCCACAGAAGUGGCACAAACACUCAAUGGCAGGUAUUGAUUGGAUGAAUAAUUUUAGAAAGCGAAAUCCAGAUUUGUCUCUUAGAACACCUGAAGGAUGUUCUUUCUCAAGGGCAACAUCAUUUAAUGCCCAUAAUGUAAAUAUAUUUUUUGAUAAAUUAAAAGAACUUUUUGCUAGAUCACCAACAUUUGCAAAUGGAACUCGGAUUUUUAACUUCGAGGAAACUGGAACUAUUACCGUGCAGAAUCCACAAAAGGUUCUUGCAAAGAAAGGUGUAAAGAGUAUCUGCAAAGUCACAAGUGCUGAAAGAGGAACCCUUGUCACAACAUGUAUAAUAAUCAAUGCUUCUGGACAAUAUCUUCCACCAGUAAUUAUUUUUCGAAGAGUGCAUUUCAAGGAGCAUAUGUUGUUAGGAGCUCCUUCUGGAUCUCUCGGGCUUGCAUGUAAAACAGGCUGGAUGAACAGUGAAAUUUUUUUAGAUGGUAUGAAUCACUUUAUCAAGUUCUCGUCAAGUACAAAAGAAAAUCUAUCAUUAUUAAUAUAUGACAAUUUCGAAGCGCACUUAUCUAUAGCAGUGUUAAAUUUAGCAAAGGAGCAUGGAGUGACCAUUUUGACAUUACUGCCUCAUUCCACGCAUAAGGUACAACCACUUGAUGUGGGAGUUAUGGGGCCAUUUAAAACUGCAUAUAAUGCAGCAAUUGAUUCAUGGAUGCUCCACAAUCCUGGAAAAACAUUUACAAUUUACCAAGUGGCUGCAUCUGUAGGGCUUGCUUUUCUGAAAGCCAUAACACCAUCUAACAUUGUAGCUGCUUUUAAAAAGGCAGGUAUAUUUCCUUAUGACAGGAACGUGUUUACAGAUAUUGAUUUUAUGUGCAGUUAUGUGACAGAUAAAACUUUUUAUGUUAACAAUACUUGCAUAAAAAAUCACGUAAGCAUUAAUUCUGAUAAUUUUUUUCACCCACAUGUUUCACCAAAUGCAGACCCCACUACCUCUACUACUAUAGAUACAAACAAACUAGUUACCAAUGAUACCGUGGUUGAUCUGUCUACAUCAUCAGAUUUCUUUAUCAGCCCUAAACAAUUCAGAGGUUUUCCGAAAUCUGGAAAAAAAAACUGUAAAAGAAGGGAAAGAAAGAAGGGUUGCUCUAUCAUUGCCACAGACACUCCUGAGAGAGAUCGGAUUGAGAAAAGGCUCUGCAAUAAAAAGUUAGUCAAACUUACAAAAGAAUUAAAAGCAAAUUUACAGAAGAUUAACAAAAAAUUACUUAAAAAAGACGAUUCUGUAUUGGAACAUUUGACAACCACAAAUGAAAAAGGUUUAAUAAUCCUAGAAGAUGAUUUGUGUACUUGUGAUAUAUAUCCGAAAGAAGAUGACUUUGUAUUGGUUAAAUUUGAAACAACCAAAAAAAAUUGUUUAUGUUGGAAAGGUAUUAUGUAUAAACUCUAUAAAAGAAGAAGUUACAAUCAGUUUUCUUCGGAAAAAAGGUGAUAUUUUUAAGAUGCCUAAUUCACCAGAUAUUGUGACUAUACCUAGAAUGAAUAUUAAAUUGUUGCUACCUCGGCCAACUUUUUCUAGAACAAAUAAAAGGCAGCAUUGCCAUUACAAAUUUGAGGUUGUGUUUGACUAUAUCAGUAUUUGCUAAAUAUUUUUUUUAUUGCCAAUAUACAAUAUGCUAAUAUACUACUUUCA